AUGACUUUGUGUAAAUUCUUUCAGCAGGGCAACUGCAAAUUCGGCAAUAGUUGCCGAUUCGAACAUGUAAACCCAAACAAUCGAAAUCAGCCCUCGAACCGCUUUGGAGCUCUUGGAGGAGGGAGCAAUCAAAACCCAGCUGACAAAUACAACAUUACUAUCGAUACCAUCGAAAAGGAUUUGACGAACGAAGUUCCGCAAUGGAUCCUUUCAGCCUAUGCGCCUGGGCGAGAUGCUCCUGGUCAGCUCUUUGGCGGAUAUCCGCGCGAACAGAGCUUUGAAGAGCUGCGGCUACACUUCAUGAUGGGAAAAGCGUCGGGCAAUGAACAGCAAGCUCUUAACGAAGCACAAGAGUUAUAUGCUCAGGCGCAACAACAAAUGCAGACCGCUCUACGCGACGUCAAAGGGGCAAUUCAGUUUGUUGUAGGCGAAGAAAAUAACCACCCGAAUCGGCACGAUAUUUGCAAACAGGGAACGCAAGGAGCUCCCUUUGGCGAAUUUCUCGUUGGGAAGCGACCCAAGUCGACAAUCGCCGAUACUGGCGUUCAGCCAACUCCUUUCGGGUCCAACAAUAACAAUGCUUCAAGUCCUUUUGGUGGAGGUGCAUCGGCCGGUGGAAGUGCCUUUGGGCAGCCAUCGACUCUCGGCGCGAAACCAAGCGCGUUUGGUGCGCCGUCCUUUGGUCAACCAUCGCAGCCAGCUCAAGGAGGAGGUUCGGUCUUUGGCCAGCCAUCACAACCUUCAGCGUUCGGACAACCGUCACAGUUGGGACAAACCGCCUCAGCAUUCGGCAAGCCAGCGCAAACCUCAACUUUUGGCCAGCCGUCACAACCAGGGUCUGCUUUUGGCCAACCUUCAGCUUUAGGCGCAAAGCCCAAUCCAUUUGGCACCCCAGCCUUUGGACAACCUUCGCAACCAAGUGCACAAGGCAGUGUCUUCGGCCAACCGUCACAGCCAAAUACGCAAGGCAGCGCAUUCGGUCAACCGUCGCAGAUAAAUGCGCAGGGCAGUGCCUUUGGCCAAGCCAGCCAACUUGGACAGAAACCGAGUCCCUUCGGAGCACCCAGUGGAACGAAUAACAGCUCUAGCCCAUUCGGUGCCGUCGCAAAGAAUAACAGUGCCCCUGCAGCGAACCCCUUUGGUGCUCCAGUUGGUAGCGCAACAACCAGUCAGCCUGCCAAUGCUUUCGGAUCCAACAGUAAUAACCAGAAUAAUGCCCCGGCGAAUCCGUUUGGACAGCCCUCACAGCCUGCUCAGGGAAGCUCACCAUUUGGCCAACCUUCAAAUGCUGCCGCACCGGCAACGUCAACCCCAUUCGGUGCAUCUACCGCGACCCCGAAUCAACCCACAAACAGUCCAUUUGGCCAGCCUUCACAGACUCAGUCGAAUGGCUUUGCAUCGCAGAAUAACCCACCACCAGCGAGCAAUCCAUUUGGUCAACCCUCGCAGCAGAAACCAGCAAAUCCUUUUGGCCAACCCUCCAACGCUGCACCAGCUGCUGCGAACCCGUUUGCUACAACACAGGCUCAAAAAUCCACAGCGGCGGCGGCGGCAGCAGCAGCAGCCACUUCGACAGGCCCGUAUCCACCGAACAGCAGUAGACAACACCCACCAAUUGAGAGCUAUAGCUCAAAAGGCAUGGAUGGUCGACUAUCAAUGUUCAAGGGUAAAUCAGUCAUUUACAAGGACGGCAAGCCCGGAAUCCGAGAAUUCGAUGGGACCUGGCGGCGGAUUUGGUUCCCAGAUGGUCCUCCUGCAUUCUCAGCGGAUACAGAAUUGCCCCCUGAGAUGUACGACGACAAGUCCAAGGCUCAGUGGAUGGCCUUCGCACAGACCGGGACCUUUGAGGGUGGUCUGAUGCCCGAACUACCGCCUCCGAGAGAAAGUACACUAUGGGACUUCUAG